AUGGAUACAUCCUUUGAAAGUAAUGUUGCUUCUAGGAGCCAAGUUGGAGUACAAGAUUUUAUCUUGCUUGAAGAUUAUCGGAGCGAGCCAGCAUUCUUGGAAAAUUUAAGAAAGCGUUAUAACGAAAGCUUGAUCUAUACAUACAUCGGCUCCGUUUUAGUCUCGGUUAAUCCGUACAAAGAUGUCGGUAUAUUCACUACCCAACACAUGAAGAAUUACUACCGGGCCAACCUUUACGAGCAGCCGCCACACAUCUAUGCUAUUAUCGAUAAUGCCUAUCGAUUUAUGCUCAAUGAAGGCCAAGAUCAAUGUAUAUUAAUUUCAGGUGAAAGUGGAGCGGGUAAAACAGAGGCAUCCAAAAAGAUUUUGGAAUAUAUAGCAGAAGUGAGCGCACACACAAGAGGAAAAGAUAUCCGAGAUAUGUUGCUUAAUUCCAAUCCUAUAUUAGAGGCAUUUGGCAAUGCAAGAACUACUCGUAACGAUAAUUCUAGUCGAUUUGGGAAAUAUAUGGAUGUCGAAUUUGAUCACAUGGGUGCUCCUGUUGGUGGUAAAAUUUUAAAUUAUUUACUGGAAAAAUCAAGGGUGGUUCAUCAAUUAUCAGGUGAACGAAAUUUUCACAUUUUCUAUCAAAUACUUAGUGGUACCAGUGACGAAAAAUUAAAGUCAUUACGAUUGCAGAGAAAUCCUCAAAAUUAUUACUACACUAAGCAGGGAGAUGCGGAUGUUAUAAAAGGAAAAAGCGAUUCUUCCGAUUACAGCGAACUUAUGAAAGCUUUCCAGAUAUUAAAAUUUUCCGAUAAAGAUGUUGAGAGCGUCAUAUCAGUUGUAGCGGCUAUAAUCCAUCUGGGAGAAAUUAAUUUCAAACGCGAUGAUGAAGAAGAGGACAAAAUCAUUAUCACAAAACAGGAUUCGCUUGUUAAUGUAGCUGAUCUUAUUCAGUGUACCGAAAUAAAACUUACUCAAGCUUUAACACACAGGACAGUGGAUGUUAGAAAUGAUAAAACAUUAACUCCUUUGACGAUUGAUCAAGCUUAUUAUGCUCGCGAUGCCCUUGCCAAAGCUAUUUAUUCUCGUUUAUUCACUUGGUUAGUGGAAAAUGUUAAUGCAAGCAUCGUACGCAAGGAUACGGAUAGCAAAAGUGUCCUCGGUUUACUAGAUAUCUAUGGCUUUGAAGUUUUUGAAGUUAACAGUUUCGAACAAUUUUGCAUCAAUUAUUGCAAUGAAAAACUUCAUCAGCUAUUCAUUAAUCUUAUACUAAAAUCAGAGCAAGAAGAAUAUGAAAAUGAAGGAAUUGAGUGGGAAACCGUAGACUUCUUCAAUAACAAGGAAAUUUGCAGUCUUCUUGAUGAACGUCAUCAUGGAAUCUACGCAGUUUUGGAUGAACAAUGUUUGAGGCCUGGCAAUGUUACCGAUUCUGACUUUUUAGAUGCAUUAAAAGACAAACAUGGCGAUCACAAAUACUUUAUUAGCCAGAAAAUUUCUAAAGCAAACUCGAAAUUGUUAAAGACAUUGAAGCAACAAAACUUUAGGAUCAAACAUUAUGCUGGCGAUGUUGAUUAUGAUGUAAAAGGCUUUGUGGACAAAAAUAACGAUCUCUUAUACCGCAACCUAAAGGAGACUAUCAUGGAAAGUCCAAAUCCUGUUUUGCGAAACGCAUACAAGGAAUCUGAAAUUAACUCUUUAAAGCGGCCAGCUACAGCUGGUACUCACUUCAAAACUAGCGUUGAAGAGCUACUAAGUAUUCUGUGUUCAAAGCUUCCUUCUUAUAUUCGAUGCAUUAAACCAAAUAAUGACAAAAGGCCAAAUAAAUUUAAUACCCAAGUAGUUAGCCAUCAAGUUAAAUAUUUGGCUUUAUUAGAAAAUUUGAGAGUUCGUCGCGCAGGAUUUGCUUACAGAAGGCAAUUUGAAUUCUUUUUGACAAGAUAUAAAUGCUUAUGUCCUCAAACUUGGCCGGUUUGGAAAGGAGAGGAUAAAGAUGGUGUUGAAGUUCUUUGCAAGCAUUUAUACCCAACGGAAGAAUAUAAAUUGGGAAAGACAAAGGUAUUUCUACGAAAUCCAAAGAUGCUUUUUGAUGCAGAAGAUAAAUUUCAAGUGAAAAAGAAUUAUAUAGCGACCGUAAUUCAAUCCAAGUACCGUAUGUAUACCAAACGGAAGGAAUAUCUCAGAAUUAUCGCUGCAGUAAAUAUAAUAGCUAACAACUGGCGUCGCGUAGCCGCUAUCAGGUUAAGAGAAAGAAGAAAGCGAGCAGUUCAAGCUAUAAAAAAAUUUAUUAAAGGCUUUAUCACUAGAAAUGGUCCUUUAUCCGAUGAUAAUAAACAAUUUAUACAAUAUGCAAGGAUAAGUUUUUUGGAGACAGCAGCUAGAAAUUUACCCAAGACAGUGUUAGAUAAAUCAUGGAUUAAAGCGCCAACAGCCUUGGUUGAGGCUUCUGAGCUGUUACGGGACAUGCACAUGCAAUAUAUGGUUCGAAAAUACGUUAAGAAUAUAACACCUCAACGAAAAGAUCAGUUAAACUUGAAACUUAAAGCCAGUGAAUUCUUCAAAGGCAAGAAACUAAACUAUCCUGAAAGCGUUAGUUGUCCGUUUGUGCCUUCUCGUUUGAUAUAUGCUUCUUUUGUAACUAAGUAUGAUCGCCACGGUUACAAGCCAAGGGGAAGAAUUUUCGUGUACAAAUUAUAUAUUACAGUAACCAACAAAGUAGACGGUCUAGUCCUACUUACUCUACCUGUUAUUGACAAAAAGGAUAAGGGUGAUUUAAUCUUAUCCUCCGAACAUGUAAUAGAAUUUGUUAUGAUGCUUGCUCGAGCAGCUCAGAAAUUCGAUGUACUUACAAUUUCGGACUCUGCCUCGUAA